AUGGUCCAAGAUUGUCGGAAAGACGGUGGUCACUUAUCGAAAUCCAAAAUCGUUUGCAAGACCAAGGCGGAAAUUCUGGAAGAAAAGGAAAAAUGCGAUGAGCCCAUGAAACAAAGAUCCGAGCAAAAAUCAAAUUUUUCAAUCGAGUCGCCGAGAUUUCUGAGACUGAUAGGACCGAAGCACAUUGAGAUUUUCCGGAAUUAUAUUCCGAGUUUGGUGAUCUAUACGGCGGCAGGAACUUUGUGUACUUUGUAUUUUUGCGAGUGGAAAGCUGUUCUACAGUAUGUACCGUUCUACAAUGGCAAAUAUAAGAAGGAUGAAUAG